AUGCCGACUUCUACGGUGAAUCGAUACCAGAACUAUGUCACUUUGGAGCAGGAGGUCAUGGUCUCGUAUCGCCUCCUCUCUGGACAGAGCGUUCAUUCGAGGAAGCUGAUCAGAUCGGACCUCGUCAAGCUCAAGCACGACGGCCGGCCCUUUGACGACCUGCUACGCACACUUUGCGGUCCGAAGAAGGAAGUGGACACGCUACUGCCCGAGAUCUGGCCAGAGGGGUGGAUGGACAUCGAGCGAGACACCCUCUUGGAGAGCGACGUCUACAGCGCCCAGAGUGACUUUCCGCGACUGGGCUAUCGCCUUAUCAGUCUCUAG